CGCCAGCGUGCAUCUCUGCCCAGGCCACAGAGUCUGCAGCUGCAAAAAUGUCCGUAUUGUGUCUGCAUUCACAACUGCAGAUUUUAGUAACGACGUAGCUGUAAGUUCAGAGAGGCAAACAGCGUUUGAGCAGCUUUUGUGUUUCCAGGCUGAAGAGGCUCUGAUGUGCAGAAUGGCAGCAGAAACUGCAGGCUCUGACUAGGCUGGCUGAGCGUUGGUGGUUUUCAGUGGUGGAAUAAUGUCGCACAGUAACAGGGAGCUGGUGGAGUUCUUCAUAUGCUACAAGCUGUCGCAGAAAAAUUACCCGUCCUCUCUGCUGAGGCCAGAUGAUGCCAGGACUGAAGGAGACAAGGCCAACACCACUGUCUCUAAUGGCUUAUUGGCGAACAGUAGGAACGGAGGUGGACAGGCAGUGGUGUCGCUGCCCCCCAGUGGUGACGUAGACGCAGUAAAGGCAGCGCUUCAGGACUCUGCUGAUGAGUUUGAGCUGCUCUACACGCAGGCAUUUAGUGGGCUGUCCUCCCAGCUCGACAUCACUCCUGACACUGCCUACCAAAGCUUUAAAAGUGUCAUGGAUGAGGUGUUCAAGGACGGGGUCAACUGGGGGCGUAUCGUGGGCCUGUUCGCAUUCGGAGGAGUCCUUUGUGUGGAAUGUGCUGAGAAGGACAUGAGUGAGCUGGUUCCUCGGAUCGCCGACUGGAUGACCACGUACCUGGAUGAGCACAUCAGCCCAUGGAUUGAGAGCGCAGGAGGCUGGGACAGCUUCGGUGAGAUUUUUGGACAAAGCGCAGCUGCCGAAGCACGGAGGUCUGGGGAGACGCUGAAGCGAUGGCUGCUGGUCGGAGUGGUGUUGUUAACUGGAGUGCUGAUCGGUGUGCUCGUUGCUAAAAAACAGUAAAGGUCGGAUCCACCUGGGCACGCUCCGAAUGCUGCGCCAAUAAAAGUUUUUACAAACCCAUAUAGUUGAUGUUUACAAAAAGCCCAGUCUGCUCGUGCACUGACAAACCGUGGAUUGGCUGAGGCGCUUCUAGGAAGAUCCAUAUGUAGCCUGGUGAGCUGUUCUACGUCUCACCUGCUUUGUCAUGUGUCUUUUAUUUUUUUUUUAAGUCACAGCACAGAUUUUCAUUUGUUAAUUCUGACUGAAAGUGCUUUAAUAAACCUGAUAAGCUAAGGAGGGUAAGUGAAACAGAUUCAACUGGUUUGAUGAGGCUGAUUACUUCUGUUUGAUUUUCUUUUUGUGGUUAUCCAUGGACCAAUUUUUAUUCCUUCCAGACUGACUGAGAGUGUAAGUUAUAUUUCCCUUUCACUGUGUAAUUAUCAGCUCCUUUUGUUGGCUCUACUGGAGUUUUAGGCAUGCUUACAAAAUAAAUAUAUUUAUGUUUUU